AAUCGAAUAAAAUAUAGAAUUUGAUUGAACGCGGAGAGCCCAGUAAGGAAAGUGAAAAACAUAAACAGGACAAGCAAUUGUAAGUGUCAUUUGAAUCGUGCCCUUUUCCGAGCGUCUCUUUAACGCGCAGCUGCUUCCGAGUUCGUGUUGCAAUGAACAUCUCAUCACUGCGUCUGGAUUCUCACGCAAUAUGCACUCCUCAACCCCUACGCUCCUUCACUUCCCACAACCUCUUCUAUCGUUCCACUCGAAACGUCGUCGUUUGUUCCGCAAAGCCCAUCGCGCCUCCUCCUACUAAACUCACCGCCGCCGACUCUCCUGCCGGUCGAAUCGAGUCUCUCAGCCAAGUGUCCGGCGUUCUCGGUUGUCAAUGGGGUGACGAGGGUAAGGGAAAGCUAGUCGACAUCUUAGCACAACACUUCGAAAUUGUUGCUCGCUGUCAGGGUGGAGCUAAUGCUGGGCAUACCAUUUAUAAUGCGGAGGGGAAAAAGUUUGCCCUUCAUCUUGUUCCUUCUGGUAUCCUUAAUGAGGAUACACUGUGUGUUAUUGGGAAUGGUGUUGUAGUGCACCUUCCGGGGUUGUUUCAAGAAAUUGACGGACUUGAGUCAAAUGGGGUCUCUUGCAAGGGAAGGAUCUUGAUAUCUGAUCGUGCUCAUCUCUUGUUUGAUUUCCAUCAAGAAGUGGAUGGGCUAAGAGAAGUCGAGCUUUCUAAAUCUUUCAUUGGCACCACCAAGAGAGGGAUUGGCCCGUGCUACUCCAGCAAGGUUAACCGUAAUGGGAUUAGAGUAAGUGACUUGAGGCACAUGGACACUUUCCCUCAGAAGCUUGAUCUUUUGUUAUCGGAUGCAGCAUUGAGGUUCAAAGAUUUUAAGUACGGUCCGGACGUGCUCAAGAAAGAAGUUGAAAAAUACAAGAGAUAUGCUGAGAGGUUGGAACCUUAUAUUGCUGACACUGUGCAUGUUGUGAACGAAGCUAUUACACAAAAGAAGAAGAUCUUGGUUGAAGGAGGACAAGCAACCAUGUUGGACAUUGAUUUUGGCACUUACCCCUUUGUUACUUCAUCUAGCCCAUCAGCUGGCGGGAUAUGCACCGGUCUUGGUAUCGCUCCAAGAGUAGUUGGUGAUUUAGUCGGAGUGGUGAAAGCAUACACUACAAGAGUUGGUUCUGGCCCUUUUCCAACUGAAUUGUUGGGUCCAGGAGGUGAUCUCCUAAGAUUUGCUGGGCAGGAGUUUGGCACUACUACUGGCCGUCCUCGACGGUGUGGUUGGCUCGAUAUAGUUGCAUUACGAUACGCAUGUCAGAUCAAUGGUUUUUCAUCAUUGAAUCUCACCAAGCUGGAUGUUUUGUCUGAUCUUGAUGAGAUCCAGUUGGGUGUCGCUUAUAAACAUGAUGAUGGCACCCUAGUCAAAUCAUUUCCUUCAGAUCUCCGUGUUCUCGAGCAAUUGAAGGUGGAAUAUGAAGUACUUCCUGGAUGGAAGACCGACAUUUCUUCUGUCAGAAGCUAUUCUGACCUUCCAAAAACGGCACAGUUGUAUGUGGAAAGGAUAGAAGAACUUAUUGGUGUCCCUAUCCACUACAUUGGUGUUGGGCCUGGACGCGAUGCCCUCCUAUUCAAAUGAUUUCACACUGAACUUCCAUGCCACUGUAGACAAGUUUAGAGUCUUUCUGCUGUAUAAGUUUUAUUCGCACUAACUUCUGAUUUGGGAUGAAAGCACAUUUCUAGUGACUAGUGAGGAUUAGUUAUUUGAUGUAUUAUGCUGUUAUUCAUCAUCAUUUUUGCGGUACUUGCUAGGAGGACGGGUUUUUGAAGUAAUACAUGAAUUAGAUGUAUGAUGAUAACAUCUGUUCUUAGUGUGAUUUAUGCAGUAGAAAAUAAUGUACUUGUAAUGAUCCAGUGGUUUUGAAUUUCUAGUAUCUUCAAUAAUUGCAGCCAUGGUUCUGUUGUUCCAUGUAAUCAUAAUCAUUAUUCUCACACUUA